CAAAUCAUUCUUUUCGCCUCCCUUGGUCCAAGUGGUUCAAGCUAAAAAUUAUACGAUAUCUGCUUACUUUUUUUCCGUGCUCAAUCGGCUAAAUAAACAAACAGUUUCAUACUAUAACGACGCAUCAGCAUCUACCACGCAAAAAUGACAUCCUGCAAGUUAUUUUUUUGUUUUGCACUGCUCAUUGUGUUGGUCUUCGCCGAAAAGGAUGCAUCGAAAACAGCUGAAAACGAGAGAGUGAAAAAAGCUGCAAUAAUUCCACCACCUGCUUCAGUUGCUGCAACUUACGGAUACUACAGCAGUCCUUAUAGCGGUUUAUACGGUAGCCCUUAUAACACCUUAUACGGCCAAGCUUACGGUUACCCGUACGGAUCAUACGACGACGGAAAAUACCACCACCAUGCGUCUAAGUAUGACGACGGAAAAUACCACCAUCACGCGGCCAAGUAUGACGAUGGCAAAUAUCACCCUGGAAAGUACAACAAGGCACCGGUGGCAACAGCAGUGUACAGCAAGCCAUAUUCGACCGGGUACAACGGGUACAACUAUGGUUACAAUGGUUACAACAACGGAUACAAUUACGGUUACUAUAGCGGAUAUCCGUACACUCAGUAUCCAUAUAACUACCAAUAUAACAACUUCCACGCGUCAUACCCGUACAUCUACUAAGACUCUCUUCACCCAAACAAUAUUAUUUGCCAGUUUUUAUUUUCUUCAAUCCCAUAAAACACUAUUGUUACAUGCAUGAUAAUAAUAAACUUUUAUAAAAGUCGUUAUAAAGA